UGUCUUUCCUGACUUUGACUAUUCCCUACGAGGGUUGUUGGAACUCAAAACAUCCUUCUUCCUCCUCAUCCCUGUCCUCCAUCUAAUCUGUUUACUUCUAGUAUUACAUUACAGCUACUCCAUGGCAGACUUGAAGCGAGAGUACAUGCAUGAGGACCACGGUGAAGGUCCGCAUGACCAUCAUGGCGAAUAUGAUGUUCCCUCCAAGAAGGCUCGUAAGGACAGCCCCGAUAUUGACGAACAACAAGGUGCACACAGCAUUGACCAAGCCAGAGCACAGGCUAAUGCUUUAGUUCUGGGCAUCAAUGCUCCCUCUAUGACUUCCUCCUCUUUGACUCAGCAUGCUUCCUUUUCAUCAUCGUCACAACUUCAGUUACUACAACAACAACAGCAGCAGCAGCAACUGCUUUUACAACAACAACAACUACAACAGCAACAAUUUCAGUAUCAACAGCAGCAGCAGCCUUUGUUGCACCAGCAGCAGCUUCACUAUCAUCAUCAUCAUCAUCAUCAUCAUCAUCAUCAUCAUCAACAGCAACAACAGGCGCAGUUUCAUCAAUUGCAAUCGUCUGAGCUUCAGUUCCAGCAGCAGAAUCAGCACCAGUUCCAACAUCAAUCACAUGCUGCUGCAACAGCAGCUGCAUGGACUCAUAAACCCAAUUAUCAGCUCAAGUUUUCACUAGUAGGCCAUCGAAAGGCUGUAUCGAGUGUCAAGUUUUCCCCAGAUGGUCGAUGGCUCGCAAGCUCGUCUUCAGACAAGACAAUCAGGAUUUGGAAUGCCUAUGACGGACGGCAUCAAUGCACGAUGGAGGGACAUCUACAAGGAAUUUCAGAUAUCGCUUGGGCAUCGGACUCACUCUCAUUGUGCUCUGCUUCCGAUGAUAAAACUAUUCGUAUUUGGAGUUUAGAGACGGCCCAGACCAUCAAGGUUCUACGCGGACAUACAAAUUAUGUGUUUUGUGUCAAUUAUAAUCCCCAAUCAAGCUUGAUUGUAUCAGGCUCAUUUGAUGAAUCUGUUAGAAUCUGGGAUGUCAAAAAAGGAAAAUGUAUAAUGGUGCUUCAAGCACACUCCGACCCUGUUAAUGCAGUACAAUUCAACAGGGAUGGAACGAUGAUUGUCUCAUGUAGCCAUGAUGGCGUUGUCCGAAUUUGGGAUACAGUAACAGGACAGUGCCUCAAAACACUUAUCGACGAAGCUAGCCCUCCAAUCUCCUUCGCUAAAUUUUCACCAAAUGGCAAGUUUAUCAUGACAUCAACCCUAGAUGACACAAUACGUCUCUGGAACUAUAACACUGGAAAGUGCCUGAAGACAUAUACUGGACAUAAGAAUGACUCCUACUGCAUUUUUGGAAGUUUCUCGGUGACAGGAGGAAAAUGGAUUGUCAGCGGCAGCGAAGACCAUUGCAUUUAUAUCUGGAAUCUGCAAACUCGAGAGAUUGUGCAGAAAUUGGAAGGGCACUCUGACGUUGUACUAUGCGUGGCAUGCCAUCCAGAGCAGAAUAUUAUCGCUUCAGGCGCUAUUGACAAUGACAUGACGAUAAAAAUAUGGGUAGAUCUUUCGAAUCCAUGAUCUAUCACAGAUCUCCUCUCGCCAGCAUUCUGGUAAAGUAUUCCC